UGUUUCGUUUGCUUGCGGGGGCGGGCGACUAUUUCCCACAACUGUGCGAAUAAUAAAUAAGUUCGGUUGGGAAAAUGUUUGGCAAUGGCCAGUCAGCAUUAGUCCUGACCCCUUCGCCAUGUCCGAUCGUCGAGGAGUGCACGAGAUACCCGGUGAAUACCAGCCAGUGCCCAGGGCGCAGGACGAGGCGACUCCAACGACCACAUCCUGCUGUCGGCGUCCCGAUUGCAAUUUUCGGCUCCAGGAUGAGCGUAAAGUUUGCUGCCGCAGCCACGGCUACAUCAUACCCGUGUUCAUACUCUUCGUCCUGGUGCUGAUUGUCCUGCUGUUGCCUUGGGAGACCUUCCACCCAAAUGCGAACGCAAACAGCCCCGUUCCCGUGGACAGUCCGUUGCCAUGCCAACUCGAACUGGUGGAGAGUCUGCCCGUGGGGUUGAACUAUAGCCAAGGGGACAGUCACCCCCAAUUGAAGAGCACCUUUCAGUCCUGGCAGCUGCUGCUGGGUCGGGCUAGGACCUCUGUGGACAUUGUCUCGCCGCACUGGACUCUGCGCGGGGUGGACAUCAACGACAGCAGCACUGGGCCGGGAGAUCACCUCUUUCAGCGCCUCCUGUCCAACGGAGAUGCAGGCAGACCCAAGCUGCGUCUUCGAAUUGUGCUGAAUCGCAGCCAGGACAGCUUAUGGCAUGCCGACGGCCGCAUCCUGGCCAACUACGGAGCGGCCGAAGUCGUGGGCAUCAAUUUCCUACACUCCAAACUCUGGCUGGUGGAUGGGGAGCACUUCUACCUGGGCAGUGCCAGCAUGGACUGGCGAUCGCUCACCCAACGCAAGGAACUGGGUGUACUGGCCACGAAUUGUCCACAUCUGGCCCAAGAUCUGGCCAAGAUCUUCAAGGCCUAUUGGUUCCUGGGCAACAAUGAAGUGCCGGAAUACUGGCCAUGGAUCUACCACACGCACAUCAAUCAGGGAAGACCGCUCUUGCUAAACAUAAACAAAAACCACACCAUGCGGAGCUUUUUGGCCAUUUCACCACCUGGACUGGCGACCACUGGAAGGAGCCACGAACUGGAUUCCAUUGUAGAGACCAUCGAUAAGGCCACCGAGUUUAUAAGCAUCGCUCUGAUGGAUUACUCUCCCCAGCUGCGGCGCAGUGACAAGCUGCAGUACUGGCCAUUUAUUGACAAUGCUCUGCGCAGAGCAUCCUUAGAGCGGAAUGUGGCUAUUAAGUUGCUAGUUUCCUGGUGGAAAUACUCGGAUCCCAGCGAAGAUCACUUCUUGAGAUCUCUGCAGGCGCUGAACAAGAUGCGGGAGGAAGUGGAUAUAGAAAUUCGCCGCUUUGUGGUGCCCACCACGGACGAGCUGGAGAGGAUUUCCGGUGGAAGAGUUAGCUGCAAUUCCUACAUGGUCACCGAAAGCGUUGCCUUCAUAGGCACCUCCAGCUGGUCGGGGGAGCAUUUCACUUACUCAGCUGGCAUUGGACUGGUUCUCCAGGACAUGGACUACAACAACAACAGCCUGCGUACCGACUUGUUGGCCAUUUUCCAGCGGGAUUGGUUUGGUCCUUAUGCGCUGCCUUUGAAACCCAAUUUAAGAAUUUGAAU